CACACGCACAUGCACACUCGGCCGGCGCCGCCGCAGCCCGAGCCCCGCGCGCAGACAGGCUCCAGCUGCAGUGGCACUCCGCAGCGGCCGCCUCCACCAGGCAUGGCACGGGGCUCCCCCGCACUAUGGCAGCAGCAGCAGCAGCGCGACACAGCACCCUGGACUUCCUGCUCGGCGCCACAGCUGAUUGCAAUGCCGUUCUUAAAGGUCUACAGCCCAUUUUUCAACAGCAGAGAAUGACAGAAACAGUUCACAGCUGGGAAGAUCAUGGUUACCUAGCAACUUACACCAACAAAAAUGGCAGUUUUGCCACGCUGAGAAUUUACCCUCAUGGAUUAGUGUCAGUGGAUCUGCAGAGCUACAACGAUGAUAUGAAAGGAAGAGACAAAAUUGAUCAUAUACUGAACAAAAUAGAAGAAAGAAUGAAAGAGUUGUUUCAGGGCAGCAUCAAAAGGGUGAAGCGACUGCCAGCCAUUGUGAGAGGAGAUGCCAUUGAUAGAUACUGGCCCACAGCUGAUGGACGUCUGGUGGAAUAUGACAUAGAUGAAGUUGUUUAUGAUGAAGAUUCAUCAUUUCAGAAUAUCAAAAUUCUUCAUUCAAAACAGUUUGGGAAUAUUCUUAUCCUCAGUGGAGAUGUUAAUCUGGCAGAAAGUGACCUGGCAUAUACAAAAGCCAUUAUGGGCAGUGGGAAGGAAGACUACACUGGGAAAGAAGUGCUGAUCCUUGGAGGUGGUGAUGGGGGUAUACUUUAUGAAAUAGUCAAACUGAAGCCAAAGAUGGUCACUAUGGUAGAGAUUGACCAAUUGGUGAUCGACGGGUGUAGAAAAUACAUGCGUAAAACAUGUGGAGAUGUCUUAGACAAUCUUAAAGGAGAGUGCUAUCAGGUUCUAAUAGAAGAUUGUAUUCCAGUGCUGAAGAGGUAUGCCAAAGAAGGAAGGAAGUUUGAUUAUGUAAUUAAUGAUCUGACAGCUGUUCCAAUCUCCACAUCUCCAGAAGAAGAUUCUACUUGGGAGUUUCUACACUUGAUUCUUGACCUUUCCAUGAAAGUCCUGAAACAAGAUGGAAAAUAUUUCACACAGGGAAACUGCAUCAAUCUAACUGAAGCCUUGACCCUCUAUGAAGAACAGCUUGGCAAGCUUUAUUGUCCUGUGGAGUUCUCAAAGGAGGUUGUAUGUGUCCCCUCAUACAUGGAGUUAUGGGUGUUCUAUACCGUUUGGAAGAAGAGAACUGAAAUUUGAAGCUCAAGAUUUCCUAAGUGUACAUGCUGCAUGGAGCAUAUAGGCUUGCCAUGUGUUGCAUAUUGGCAUCUUGAACCUUUAAAUUAUAUGCUGUAGAUGAUUCUGAAACUUAGUCAUGCUAUUGAUUGUGAAUUCUUUAAAUGUUUUUUAUUAUUAUUUUAAUUUAAAAGCAAAUGGAAAAUGUAUAUUUUGAUGAGCUAGGGUGUUAUUUUUGAAAGUCAACUCAAAGAUGAGUUAGCAGCAAGUCUAUAGCUGCUGAAUGCACUGAACCUUUAGAAUGUGAUCCUUUUUAUUUUUUGUAGAUCUUCACAAACUAAUUAAAAACAACAUCUUUAGCAUUUCAUCCCUGAGGGUGGUCCAUGUAGUCUUUGUUUGGUUUUAUCUUUUUUUCCCCUCCAGAUACUUACUUUGAAGCUACAGUGCUUUUAUUGGAGAGAGGGUUGCUGGUUAUGUUUUUGUUUUUUAAGUGAACAUCACAAUGCUUCCAAUACAGUAAUUCUGAAGGGCAUAACUUAAAUCAAAAUACCCCAUGUCCUUGGUUAUAAAGGGAAGGAAUGAAGUUUAGGUUUGUUUGUUUGCUCCUGCUGUAGUCCUUCCAGCAGCAGAUUUGACCUGUUGCCACUUGAAAUUAUUUAGCUGCUGUCACAUUUAUUACUUGGAUUUUAAUGUAGGUUAACACUAGGUUAUAGAAGCAUUUUCAGCACCAUAGAUUUUGAAAAUUAAACCAGGUUUUCACUCUUGCCAUUAUGUGAGAAGUGUAAUGAGGGCUUUCCUUAGAAAGACUUUGUAUAUAGUUAUGGCCUAAUACUGUGUUAAUAAAGACUGGAAAAAUUAUUUAGAUCAUUGUAUAUACAUGCACACACAUUUCAGUUCCUUGCAGAGGAAUUGUGUGUGUACAAUAUAGGUGCACCAUUUAUAUAGGUGUAUAAUGAUUUAAGUAAUGUUCUGUCUUGUUUUCCUUUUUGAAAAUGAGACAGAACAUUAUUUAGAUCAUUGUAUAUCUGUAUAGAUGGUGCACCUAUAUUGUGUGUGUACACACACGAACACAUAUAGUACAAUGUACAAUGCACAUAUAUGUGCAUGUUUAGAAACAAAUACGUUUAUUUCACUAGGAUGAGCUCUGAUCAAAUGGCUGCAUGAGUUCCCAUUGAUACUAAUUCAGGAUUAGGACUGUACAUUGUAUCCACCUCCAAGUCAGAAUUCCAGUGGGAAGCAAGAUUUCAUUGCUUUUGUUUUGUUUAGAAAGGUAAACAUUUCUUCCUUUGGCUGUUUUCAUAUUAUCAGAAAAUUUAUUUUUGUAAAAACUUGCUAUUUACCAAUUUCAUAACAUUGAUCCUAGUUGAUCUUUAAAAAGAGCCCAAUACAUAGGAGGUAAGAAGAAUAACUCUUAUGUACAUUUCCAACAGAGAGAAUAAAGAAAUGCACUAUCUUUCCCUGAAUAUUCCACGCUUUGGACCAAAAUUAUAUUUUUAUUUUUUUAAACCAUUUUAUCUCCAUGUCCUAUAUUUUGAGACAGUGGUGGGCUUUCCUUAAGUUAAUAACAAGAUUGUCCAAAAAAAUCAGGUUUCAGAUUCUUACCCCUAAAUCAAUAAGAAAUAUUUUUUUAAGUCAUCUCUCAGAUCCAAACAGAAUUCUAAAAUGGUGUUAGAUGUUACUUGCAAAGUUUUACUUGCAAAAAAAAUCCUCUUUUCUCUUUACUUGGUGCAUAAUUAUUUUUGUAAGUAUGAUUACAUUGCUAGAGACUACUUUUAAUUUGGAGACCUAAAUGGAAUAUUCCCCCUUUUUAAUUUAACUGUUUCAAAUAAUUGCAGUCAAGAUAUUUAUUUUAUAUAUACCUGAAACAAAAUUACUCCAUGACUGAGAGCCCAUGCAACCCUGACUU